CAAAACCCCCCCUCGAGCGUAUCGCCAAACUAACCGCGAGCGAACACUAUCCCUUUCGUUCUCCUGUCGCUCCGGCCUUGGCUUUGCCUUGCCUUGCCGCCAUGAUGCUGCUCGCCCGCAGCCUCCUCCGCUCCCGCCUCCGCUGCCCCCCGCUCGCCGCGGCGCUCUCCUCCUCGGCCCCGGCGGCGUCGCCGGCCGCGGCGGAGGCGGAGCGGGCGAUACGGGACGGCGCCAGGAACGACUGGAGCCGGCCCGAGAUCCAGGCCAUCUACGACUCCCCGCUCCUCGACCUCCUCUUCCACGGGGCUCAGGUCCAUAGAAGUGUCCAUAAAUUCAGAGAAGUACAACAAUGCACUCUUCUUUCAAUAAAGACAGGUGGCUGCAGUGAAGAUUGUUCAUACUGCCCUCAAUCCUCAAGAUACAGUACGGGAUUGAAGGCCCAAAAAUUAAUGAACAAAGAUGCUGUCUUAGAAGCAGCAAAACAGGCAAAGGAGGCUGGGAGCACCCGCUUUUGUAUGGGAGCAGCAUGGAGAGAAACCAUAGGAAGGAAAACAAAUUUUAACCAGAUCCUGGAAUACGUCAAGGAAAUUAGAGGUAUGGGCAUGGAGGUCUGUUGCACCCUCGGCAUGCUAGAGAAGCAACAAGCUGAAGAACUCAAAAAGGCUGGGCUGACAGCAUAUAAUCAUAACUUAGAUACAUCAAGAGAAUAUUACCCCAAUAUUAUUACCACGAGAUCGUAUGAUGAUAGACUGCAGACUCUUGAGCAUGUCCGUGAAGCUGGAAUAAGCAUAUGCUCAGGUGGAAUUAUUGGUCUUGGAGAGGCAGAGGAGGACCGUGUAGGAUUGUUGCAUACACUUGCCACUUUGCCUGCACACCCAGAGAGCGUUCCUAUUAAUGCAUUGGUUGCUGUCAAAGGCACUCCCCUUCAGGAUCAGAAGCCUGUAGAGAUCUGGGAAAUGAUCCGCAUGAUUGCCACUGCUCGAAUUGUGAUGCCGAAGGCAAUGGUAAGGCUUUCAGCAGGACGAGUGCGUUUCUCCAUGCCAGAACAAGCGCUCUGCUUCCUAGCUGGGGCCAACUCCAUCUUCGCUGGUGAGAAACUUCUAACAACUGCGAACAACGACUUUGAUGCAGACCAGGCGAUGUUCAAGAUCCUUGGUCUAAUUCCCAAGGCUCCAAGCUUUGGUGAUGGGGCAGCAACCGCAGCUGCAGACACUGAGAGUUGUGAGCAAGCCGCAUCAAUGUAAAACACCAAUAGAAACUCUUGAGAACACUAUUCCUGGUUAGCUCAUUGUAUUGUAGAGAUUACAAUAUCUUGUAGUAAGUUAGAAACCUACAUUGAUCCAAAUAAAUAGGGGAGUUUUCUGUAUCACUUUUUCCUGUAUCCACUGUGACAUUUCAAUCAGCUUCAAUCUCUGUUUUCAUUUUUUCCUC